UCCACCUGGUGCGAGUCGGAGGGAGUUCGAACCUGUGGUGUAUAUGUAGAUUAACUGUGACAUUGCAGUAUGGUCCAUGGUAGUUUUUACCUGUUGGGAGGGCACAUGAAUCCGUCACCGGGAUUGCAUCAGCACCGAAGAGCGGUUUCCUGAAGGAGGGGGUUGGUUGACAGGCUGAUUCUGACAUGAAGACUCGGCCUGCAGGGAUCGGCAACGUCAAUGCCGACUGGAUGGGUUCGCUCCCCUCCAAGCUCAGCACCAUGCCCCUCAAACACCUCGCCGUGCCAGGGUCUCAUGAUUCUUUUACCUUCUGGGUGGAUGUGCAUGCUCCUGUUGGACCCGACCAGAAGGCAUACGUGAAGUACCUCGCCACCAUGUUCAGCGUCUUAGCCAAGAAAGUCAUGGUGAAGUGGUCCAUGACCCAGAAUCUGACAUUUAAAGAGCAGUUGGAAGCAGGAAUACGCUACUUUGAUCUCCGGGUCUCCUCCAAACCAGGCGAGUCAGGAAAUGAGAUUUUCUUUAUCCACGGCCUGUUUGGUCACAAGGUGAGCGAUGGCUUGUUAGAAAUCAACUCCUUCUUAAGCAGACACAGGAAAGAGAUAGUGUUUCUGGACUUUAACCACUACUAUGCAAUGGAUCUAGAGCAUCAUGUGUACCUCAUCCGCAUGCUCCAGGAAGUGUUUGGCAGCAAGCUUUGCAACAACUGUGCAGUGGAAGGCAUCACUCUGGACUACCUCUGGCAGAAGAAAUACCAGGUGAUUGUGUUCUACCAUCAUCCAUCAGCUCAGGACAUCCCUGUCAUGUGGCCUGGCAACAAGAUCCCUGCUCCCUGGGCGAACACCACCGAACCCAAGAAGCUCACACAGUUCCUGGAAACUACACUGAGGGAAAGAGCCAAGGAGGGAUCCUUCCAUGUGUCUCAGGCCAUCCUCACACCCAGGGUCAACACCGUGGCCAAGGGUCUGGUCUGGGGGCUGCGCAGCUACCUGGUGGAGAGAAACCUGCCGACCAUCAUUUCCUGGGUUGAGGCUCAGAGGCCGGGGGUGGACGGGGUCAACAUCAUCACCUCGGACUUUGUGGAGCUCACUGACUUUGCUAACAUUGUCAUCAAACUCAACAACCUGCUGUUGUCUGAACAAGACCGCAAACAAAGAUGACACACAUUUGCACAACAGCCUAAAUGUGUGCUGACCUGCGAUGUGGGGCAAGUCCGAGGGCAGAUUCUUCCACCAUUGUCCUUAUGAAGUUAGUUUAAAUAAUAAUGUAUUAUAUUGCAUUAUACUAGACUUCAACAACGACAGUUUAUCAUUAGUAUUAGGUCCCAUGACUUGAACAUUUCACUUUAUGAGGUUUUUUAACAUAAAUAUGAGUUCCCCCAGCCUGCCAAUAGUCCCCCAGUGCAUAGAAAUGGCAAUAGGUGUAAACUGAGCCCUGGGUAUCCUGCUCUGCUUUUGAGAAAAUGAAAGCUCAGAUGGGACGAAGCUGGCUCUCUCAGCCCAAAUAUCAUGCCAGUCCCAAAGAGGGUUAAGAAGCUGGAGUUUUAGCACCAUCAAAAGGUCGACCCAAUCCUGUUAUUCCACCGCUUUGGCUUCAAAU